AUGAAGCUGGUCGACAACGUCGUGCGCAGCUUCAAGGUGGCUAAGGUGUUCCGCGAGAACACGGACAAGAUAAACAGCUUUGACUUCUCGCCUGCCGGCGAUUACAUCAUAUCAUGCAGUGAAGACGACCAGAUCGUCAUUUACGAUAGUCAGAAGGGUGAACUGUCCAAGACCAUCAACAGCAAGAAGUAUGGUGUUGAUCUCAUACAUUUUGCGCACACUAAGACUACUGCCAUACACAGUUCAACCAAAGUGGACGACACCAUCAGAUAUUUAUCAUUGCAUGAUAAUAAGUACAUUCGCUAUUUCACGGGUCAUGCCAAAAAAGUUGUGUCAUUAUGUGUGUCCCCAAUUGAGGACAUGUUUGUUUCUGGAUCAUUGGACAAAAGUCUCAGAUUAUGGGAUUUGAGGUCGCCAAAUUGUCAAGGUUAUAUCAACGUUAUGGGAAGACCAGUUGCAGCUUUUGAUCCAGAAGGUUUAGUGUUGGCUGCUGGCAUUAAUUCUGAAACUCUCAAACUGUUUGACGUUAGAUCAUUUGACAAAGGACCAUUCAUAACUGUGAAACUUCCUCAAGAGAAAGAAUGUGACUGGACUGACCUCAAAUUUAGUCAGGAUGGCCGAACCAUACUUAUUCCUACUAAUGGAUCUUUAAUUAGAUUGAUAAAUGCAUUUAAUGGUACUCCGAUUCAGACUUUUACUGGUCACCUGAAUAAUAAGGGCAUUCCUAUUGAAGCAUCAUUCAGUCCAGAUUCUCAAUACAUAUUCAGCGGGUCAACAGAUGGUCGUAUUCAUGUAUGGAACGCGGUUACUGGCUAUAAAGUUUGUGUUCUCAAUGGUGAUCAUCCAGGUCCAGUACAUUGUGUUAAAUUUAAUCCUAAAUACAUGAUGAUGGCCUCCGCAUGUACAAAUAUGGCGUUUUGGUUACCUACAGUUGAUGAGGUAGCCAAUUAG